CGCAUGCGCGCACCGUAAACCACCACCAGCCACUGCCAGCCCCAAAUCAGUCGGUCAAGAGGCGCGUUGGCAUAACAUCGAUGUGAAAAUAUUUACGCGAGUUUAGCAAACGAAAUAAAUGAACUGAACGGUCGAAAUGGAAAGUGUUUUUAGCCACUGACUGAAAUUGUGGAUGAUCGUUUUAUGGUGGACAUUUGAACAGUGGCAAAGUGGUGGUUUCAAGCGAAACCUUACAGUCAUAGUGCCGACGAGUAGAAUGAGUUGAGUGUGCGCAAGACAGAAUGGAUAAGUUUUAUGUGAAGCCCAAGAGAAGUUUAAAGGCUGGCGCCGCCGCCUCUUCCACACUGGCCUCCUCCGUUGUGGGGGCGGUAUCGAGAAAGUCUGCUGCCGAAGUGUAUCCAGCCACAGCAAAUGCUCGAGCGACGGGCGUGGGCAAAUUCUAUUCGAAAAUAAGACACACCAUAGAGGACAAUUUAACGCCAAAGAUUAGCGGAAAGCUUUACAAAGGAGGCAAGCAUUCCAAGUCAAUGACCGCCCUGAGCUCCUUGGAAUCAUCCAUGGGUAAAUACACGUUGACGAGCAAAUGCUCCGACACGUUGGAGAGCAAGCCAACGGCUAAGCAAGGACCCUCGUUGACCACCUGUGAAACUUCUGGCUCGAGCAUUUCAAACUAUUUUACACAAAAAGCCUCUGGGGCCUAUGUGGACAGCGAUGAGGAUGAGGCGCAGCUGAGUCUGAAUCUGGUAAAGACAUCGCUGGAGGAUGAAAUAUUUGAGGAAUUGGAAAAAGUCGCCCACGACGAACACAAAUUAAAUGCGGUGCUAAAAACAUUUGAUAAAAUCAUGUUUGACUACAACGACCCACUACCCCAAACAAAGGCCAGCGAUAGCGGAAAAGAUCAAGAGCUCUCUGUGGAGAUGGUUGUAAAUAAGACAAACGAGGGGGAGGCGGAGGCGCGGGCCUUUGCCGCCGAUGAGGGCAAACAAGCAAACACACUCAGUUCUAUGGCAAAAGAUCCCCCUGAAGGCAGUGAGAUAAAUCAAUUCAGUGAACAAUUGCAAGCAGUAGAGAGCAGCCAGCAGACAGAUUGUCGCCAUGAAACCGAAUGGCGAACGGCAAACAAUAGGAAACUGGAGAAAUCCUCAUCUUCCCUUUCGUUGACACGUCGAAAGUGUUAUCAGUCUCCGGACUCGCCCUGCCUGCGACAAAUGAAGCAUGUAUUUGUUCAACAGCAGCAGAGGCUACGCUCAAAAUCUGUAUGGGAACUGUCCAAUUCCACAAAGAUCCCCAUACUGAAGGCCAUGCCAUUGCAAAAGAGAAGCAAAAGUUUUUGUUAUCAAUCACAAAACACUGAGGUUGUGGCGAAGCAAGAAAAGCCUAGGGAAAUGGAUGCAGCGACAGCAAAGACAAGUCUGGAAAGAAGUAAAACAGGGCCAGCUGCUAAGAAAAUGAUGACCAGGACGUCGAAGUAUGUGAACAUCAAGCCCUCGAAUGACAGCAAAGGAUUGAAAUCAAAACAAACUGCAACAUCCAUUGCCUCCAAUCCGCUCAAAGUAAGGCAGGAACCGAAAUCUAAAACUCGUUCAGGGGAUACUCAAGUCAUGCAACCCAGACGCACCAAUUCAAAUGCAAGUCUUACGGCAAAGACUAGAGCUGCGGCUUCCCAGUCACCACCAGUGCCACCUCGUCGCAGUAAAACCAGCGAUGAACUGCUGGACAAAUGCUUGGAAAAGGGCCAACAAAUAUUGAGAAAAGUUGAGUCGUUGAAAACCCAGCAACGCUCCCCAACGACGGGCAAUAGAAAACCAGUGGUGCGUCUCAAAUCAAAUGGCGGCAAUAAAAUCUCCAAGGAGGCGACCAACACGCUGCGACGCAAAAAGCUGCAGCAAAAACUCAACUAUGCCAAUGAGGACAAGAUUUCGCCGCCCUCAUUGGAAUCUUGCAGGAUUAUUCCACCUGACUUUGCCGAGCACACCAAGAGAAAUGCCGCAUUGCUGGUGAACGUGGUGCACUUGACGAAUGUCACCCGCAGCUCCAUAACUCCCAAACGACAAAUGUCUGCAGACAGUGGCAUUGCUACGAACGCUUGCAAUUCGUUAGACUUCAUGCCUCCCAAAGCCUCAGCAGCUACACCCACAGACCAUGAGUCCGAUGAUUCGGAUGAUUCUGGCCAUAUUUCAAAUGAGAAUAUGGAAGUUACCAUCAAUCACCAGCCAUCGAGUGCCUCAUCGACGAACAGCUUAAGCGGAAUCGACCAGCAAGCAUCAGCCUCAAACUGCCCCGCAAAGAGUAUGCAAUUGGCCAGUGACGAACCUGACAGCGUUAUGCCAAGAAAGCCUCAGCGUGUUUGCACCACAUGUCGUAUAGCCCAGGUGGAGUCGGUCAGGCUAAUACGAACGCAUGUUGAAAUCUAUCCCAACUUCACCAAAGAGGUAACUAUUAGGCUUCACUAGUCAGUCGGUCGAUCGGUCGGCCGGUCGGUCGAUUUGCUCGGUCGGCCUCAAUGGAGUAGAAUGGCGUGGUGUGGUGGUUUUUUAUGCAACUUUUACAUGCAAUUUUACACUUGAUGGGCUUUAUAGUAUUUUUUUUUAAAUUCAAAUUUUUAUUGUUUGUUUUGCUUAUUUAUUACUGUUACGUAUUGUAUUAUAAGUGUGUAUGUA